ACUUGUUCGUUUUUCACAUAUAAACAAAAAAAACCUCGUGAACAAUUAACUGUGUUAUUGAUUGCUCAUAGAAAUGGACUAUAUUGAGCACUGUUCAUUGUACUGAUAAUGGUAUAUGCUAUAUCGUGUUGGCGGAUGCUUUUUAAAUGCCUUUGAGAAGAGCUUUAGUGGAGUGCGCUGUGCUGUCUCUACAAGACUCCUGCGUGUUGUACCCGUACUGCAAAGGCUGCUUUUCAAGAAUAGACAUUAAUUCAGCUGACACAAGACUUUACUGCUCCAAGUGUGGGUACAGCUGUGCCCGGAGCCUACUGGACUACAGAUACCGUCUCUCCGUGCGGGUGGCCCAUGGGAGCAGCUUGUUUGGAGUUACAGUUUUUGGAAACCGCUUGAAUCAGUUCUUUGGUAUACAUGCAAGUGGCUUACAAAGGGUGGUGGAAGAUAAAACUGGACCUUUAGAAACGUUAUCUAAAUCGACAUUGUUGGUGAAAGCUGUGGAGGAAUGUUUCAUUGGCAAACAUUUCAUCUUUGGUAUAAAGCUAACCGAAAGUGAUAAUGAGCCUUGGGUGGGGCGUUCUACUAGCAGUAAUAAUAUGGCUCAGCUUAUUGCCACACAGAUGAUCCUUCCUGAAGCUGCAGGCCUAAGGGGCUGCACUGUUCUAACUUAUUUUGAGGCAAUUCUUCAAAAAGCUGCGGAGGCCAAGCUAAGCACAACAGAUACCUUUAAAAAUCCAAAACUCCAAAGAGAACCACUGUGGCCAGUUCCACACAAUUCACAGACAAGUGAAUUCACAAAUGAAACACUAUGUUCUUCUGAUUUUCUCCCUUUGUCUCUUUCAAGACCACAACGCCUGGACAGUCUUCUCAGCCCAACUCCACCCUGGCAGCAGACGCUUGGACUAAUUACUUCAUCAGCAGAGCAAGAAGAAAGAAGCCAGGAUGAAAAUAACAGUCUUUCCUUUGUGGAAAAGGAUGUGCAAAGCAGCACUCCACUUAAAGCCUGGCUGGACUUUUCUCCAACUGCUCACAAAACCACUGGACUGACCCUCCCUGUGAUGGACUACUCCCCUCAAGACAUUACCAAGUCUAUUAUGACUGCAUGUCAAGGGGAAUACCCACUCUCUGAGAGUCUUACUGAGUUUUUGAAGGACAAAGAAAAUCAGCCACAAGAUAAACUGUCCUUGGAAUUAGUUGACCAUGUUAAAUGUGUGGACAGAAGCCAAGCUAAAGUCGUUUGUAAUAAGCAUAAUGAGAGAAUAAUUGCAUCAACUAUAGAGACCAGUGAAGGCACAGAAGAUGAGCAGUCUGAAAGUGGUGUUUACAAUUGUUCAGCAGAUCUCUUCAGCAACUCUCCAAGUAUGGAUAUGAGUUCAGUGUCCUUUGACAAUUCUCCAUUUCAAGAUGUUUGUGUGCCAUUGCCUACAUCUAAAAGACUCAUACAUAUACAACUAGUGGAUACAUCUUCACAAGAUGUAUUGUCUAAAAAAGCAGAUUUACUUUUAACACCAAACAACCAGAAAGUAGAACAGGAUAAACACAAUCAAAGAGAGAGUUUUCAACUUGGGACAAGUUUUGAUUUCAUUCCUGCAUCACAGUCAACACCUGCUGAAAAAGGAAACUGUGAUCAGUCAAAUUUAAGGGCCAGAUAUUUAAGAAAAUGCACAAAAGAAAGUAUUUUAAAUGGUGUAACUCCUUCUAGCAGAUGCAAAAAAACAAACAAACUCCGAUAUGGUUUAUGGCUAAACUCAAAAUUCUAUAGAUGCAGGUCAAGCAGUUUUGGAACUAACAAUACAGACAGUACACUGAUUGUACCACCUACACCUGCUGAUCACCAUAAGACAUUAUUCGAACCAGAAUCAAAGUCUGACUCUGAGUUAUCUGAACGUGUUGAUGAAAAUGAAUGUUCUAAUGCAGAGGAAGAAUGUGAUUGGUCGAGGGAUUUAUUUUCUGAAUCGGUCUGAUUAGUUUUGUUUAUUUGUUGAUGCGGCUGCCAAGUCUUGUACCCACUUGUACCCAGAUACUUUGGCUUAGAGCUCCUCUCUCAAGAAUUUGGAUCUCAGUCAUGACCCUUUGCCUGUUAGAAACCCUGCCCAACUGCCCACAUCCCUUGCACUGCCAGGUGACAUCUUGU